GGGGAAAUGGCAAUUUUUCCCAGAAAUGGCAAGGCGAGCAAGCGCCUGGGUUUAGUAAACGUUUUCCAGAAGAAAAUAAUAAGCCAAAGACCAAAAAGAAAAAAGAGCCAGUUUUCUCUCAUUAUUGUGAUACCUGUGACCGUGGCUAUAAAAACCAGGAGAAGUACGAUGAACAUAUUUCACAACAUAAACAGUGCACGGAGGAAGGCUGCAAUUUCAGUGCACAUGAGAAGAUAGUUCAGAUACACUGGAAGAAUGCACAUGCGCCUGGUGCUAAAAGAAUAAAAUUAGAUAGUCCGGAAGAGAUCGCUAGAUGGAGAGAAGAAAGAAAAAAAAAUUUUCCUACGUUGGCAAAUGUUGAAAAGAAGAAGGCGAUGCAGAUGCAGAAGGAAGAAAGGGGAGAAGUGCUGACUACCCAACAGUUUGGCAAAAUGAAGGGGAUGUGGAAACCUCCAGAAAAUGAAGAGAGGUUUGGGCAGCAAGGAAGACAGAGGAGAAGACAAAGGCGCCCAUUCUGGAAGAAAUUUAGGAAAAAUAGCGGUGAUUAUAAUGCACAUAGAACUCAAAAUGAAGCCAAUGGACCAGAAAACAGCAUGUGUGAAAAGGAACAUGAAAAACAGUGUGCCUUGGUGGCUCAGCCAUAUGUGAAGGACGCGGACCCUCUUGGUCUUCUGGCAAGCAGUGACGUUGAAUCCGACAAGGAUGAAGCAGCAGCCGAAGACAGGAGGCUGGGAUUGACUGUCGUUCCCAAGCAGGUCACCUCCGCCUUGAGUUCAUUGUCAGCCAACUACGGCAGCGCGUCUGACAGCGAGCCCGAAGAAAUCCCUGUCAAGACUGCAACAAAAGCUGAGAAAAACCAGGCCGCACUCAGAAACACGCCUCAAACUACUGAUGUUCCUCGGAGUCGAAACCCGAAUGAAAAACGUCCAGAACAUGCAGGCACGACGUUAAGAAGCUCGAAUUCAAAUGCACGUCCCCCUAGAGGGCCUGAUAACUGGAGCAAGAAAACAUUACCUCUCCUUCCGAAGCGCCGUCCAACUCUGCUGGAAAUGUUACUGGCCCAGGACAUCCGACACGAAAGGAAUGUGAUUUUGCAGUGUGUUCGAUACCUCAUCCGAAAUAACAUGUUUGGACUUCAUUUUAAAACAGAACCACAAGCUGAAACAGAGACUGAACAGUCCUCUACAACUACAGCAGAGUCUUUGAUGGACAAACUUGAUGAAUCUAAUUGUUCUUGUAGCUCUGACCUUCAGUUAGCAGGAGGAGAGGAAGAUGCAUUAUUAAUAGCCCAGGGUGAGAAAGCACCCGUGGAUCAGACUUCACAGGUGGCUCAUCUGGCAGAUGAGGACACGUGGGAAACCCAGUCAAUUCAGUGUGGAGAAGCGCUGUAG